AUGCUCCCCUUCGUACAGAUAGUCAGUCCCCUCAGAGGCAAUGUAGCGGGAUUCCUGGUAAAGGCCUACCAGAUCUUCGACACUCCUGCAUGGUCCGACCUGUGCGGGUGGGGGGAAGGGGGCAACACGGUGGUGAUCCGCAAGCAGGUCGAGUUUGCUCAACGCAUCCUGCCCCUGUUCUUCAAUCACUCCAACCUCCAGAGCUUCGUCAGACAGCUGAACAUGUACAACUUCCGGAAGGUGAUGCAAGACCCCAGCAGCGGGGAGUUCAAGCACGACCUCUUCCGGAAGGGUAACGAGCACCUGCUCCACAAGAUCAAGCGGAAGCAGAGUGCGGCAGCGGCGGCGACCAAUGGGACUGCCAGCAGUACCAGCACAUUGCCUCCCAACAGCAAGUUCAACGUGGAUGGGGCCGGUUCUGGCACGGCCCUGGUUGCCGGGGGCAUCGUGCACGAGGCUGACAAGGUCUUGGAUGAGCUGGUGGAGCUCAGGAAGUGGAAGGAAGGCAUGGAGAGCACGCUGGAUGAAUUAAAACGGGAUAAACAGACCCUCCAGAGCGAGAACCAAAUGCUCAAGGGGCACGUUGCGGAGCACGGGCAACAGCAGAGGGUCCUGCAGAAGAAGAUGCAGAAGAUUCUCUUCUGCAUGUACGACGGAUACGUGUCUGGGUUAAGAGGAAUCACCGCCCCCGGCGACGCGGAGGCAGUCGAACCGAAUAAGGUGACAGCUCCGGCAACGACAGCAACAGACAGUGCACAAGGGCAGCGAUUAGCCGUGGCAGGGAGUGAAGGUGCUGCCGCAUCGACCGCGUCAGAGAAGGCGCUGAAGGAGCUGGCCGCACUAGCAGGGGAGAACAUGUCCUCCAAGAUCAAUGCACUGGAUAUGGAAAACCCGUGGACCGUUGCAGGAGAGGGCUCGGGUUCUGCUUGUGCUGCUGCCGAUGCAGCCGGCGCGGGAGGAGCCGGGGUUGCCGCUGCUGAUGGCCAGGCAAUCCCAGUCAAGAUCGAGAACAGCAUGUUAGGUAUACGCUCGGUUACCCUAUCCGUAAAGCCCUGA